AUGAACGCCUCUUGGCAAGAUCUUAAGGACCUCAUGCGCCAAGCGGGUGAUGUUACUCGUGUCGACCUCAAUAUGACCCCAGACGGUCGGCCGAAGGGCAGCGCCGUGGUGGUCUUUGCCGAUCCCCACACCGCCGACAACGCGCUGAGGAUGUUCAAGGGCUUCGACUGGUACGGCAACGUCCUCGACUGUCGCGAGGACAAGUACGCAAGCACGUCCUUCCGCGGUGGUCGCGGAGGAAUGCGCGGUGGCUUCCCGCCGAGGGGUGGCUUCCCUCCUCGCGGUGGCUUCGGAGGACGCGGAGGGUUAGCGGGAGCAGGUGCAUUCGGCGGUGGCUAUGGUGCUGCCGGGGGCGACUUCAACGGCGGUUAUGCCGCCGCUGCGCCCCCGCCUGCAACCGGAAGCUACGCCGACACCGACAGCUUCGGACAAGCGCCCACUGGCCCGGCGUCGCAGGGUGAUGGCCGUGUCAGCACCGGUCUUCAGCCUGUCCCGGCUGAGCCGAGCCAGCAGAUCUUUCUCCCCUUCGCUACAUCGAACGAAGACCUCGUUGAGCUCUUCGAGACUGUCGGCAAUGUCACGCUGGCAGAAGUCUUGAUCGACGGAGAGCGGCCGCGCGGUGAGGGCUUUGUUGAGUUCACCGAUUUAUCUGAGGCCCAGCAGUCGUGUGACCGCUUCAUGGGCUACGUGUACGGUGGUCGGGCGAUCGACGUGCAGUUCGCACCCGAGCGGCACGAGUUCAGUACGACAGCCGCCAAAGGAGGGCAGACGAACCCUUAG